ACUGUGGGGGAACGAUUAUCCGAUUUGAUCGGUGACAACCGAGAGGUCCCGUUAGUUGUAAACACAGAGUGGAUAGGUUGACGUUUGUUUGCUAUUUACAGUGUUAGAUUGUGCAUUAUUCUACUUUUAUUAUCAGGGUGACAUCUGUGUCGAGGGAUAGGCUACAGUAUGUUUAUUUUAUUUGGAUGAACCGAGCAGACAGCAAGUUCCAAGAAUUGGAUCGCCGAGGAGCUGAACCUGCCGCCUGCGAGCCUAUGAUCCGGUAUAUGUAUCAGUCUAUGAAGCCUACUGUAUGACAUUCAAGCAUGUCAGGAAAACAUUUUAAAGGCCAUGAAGUCAGUUGCUGCAUCAAAUAUUUUAUUUUUGGAUUUAACAUAAUAUUUUGGUUGCUGGGUGUGGCCUUCCUUGGAAUCGGACUAUGGGCAUGGAAUGAGAAGGGUGUUCUCUCCAACAUCUCGUCCAUCACAGACCUGGGGGGCUUUGACCCUGUCUGGCUCUUCCUGGUGACGGGAGGGGUCAUGUUUAUCCUGGGCUUCGCCGGCUGCAUCGGAGCGCUGAGGGAAAACACCUUACUGCUCAAGUUUUUCUCUGUAUUCCUGGGGAUCAUCUUCUUCCUGGAGCUGACGGCUGGAGUGUUGGCCUUUGUCUUUAAGGACUGGAUCAAGGACCAGCUCAACUUCUUCAUCAACAACAACAUCCGGGCGUACCGUGACGACAUCGACCUCCAGAACCUCAUAGACUUCACACAGGAAUAUUGGGAGUGUUGCGGCGCAUUCGGAGCGGACGACUGGAACCUCAACAUUUACUUCAACUGCACGGACACCAACCCCAGUCGGGAGAAAUGUGGCGUCCCCUUCUCCUGCUGCACCAAAGAUCCUGCGGAGGAUGUGAUAAACACGCAGUGUGGCUAUGACGUACGAGCCAAAACGGACGCAGAGCAGAAGACCUACAUCCAUGUGAAAGGCUGUGUGCCACAGUUUGAGAAGUGGCUACAGGACAACCUGACAGUGGUGGCUGGGAUCUUCAUAGGAGUUGCACUGUUACAGAUAUUUGGAAUAUGUCUGGCACAAAACUUAGUGAGUGACAUUGAAGCUGUGAGAGCAAGCUGGGUGCCCCCGCCCUCUCUCUCCAUGCGCCGACCCCCGCCUCACUCUGGAAAGAAAGGGUCUGCAUACUACGCGUGAGGAACAUGCUCGCGAGCGUGUGUAUGUACCUUUAGCCGUUUGUUUACCUGAUGUCACGGUUUACCUGUCUUCACCCAGGAAUGCACAGGUCUCUUCAGCAUGGCUACGCCAUUCUCGGCGCAUCAAACAAUGCUCAAAGCCUGCUACCACUGGGAAAGAUUCCUGAGAGCACCUGCACCAUGGUGACCUGCACAUUAUGAUCCUUUUUAAAGAUGGGUUUAGGGUUGCAAAUUUCCAGUAACUUUCCAAAAAUUCCCAGGUUUUCCAGAAAUCCCAGUUGGCAGUUUUCUGGAAAACCUGGGAAUUUGGGGAAAAUGACCCUGUUUUGCAUCUCCAUUGUUCCAUGGGAUUCCAUCCAUGUGACAAACACUUUGUGUAGAAAUGUUUGUAAAUGCACUGCAUGCCUGUCCCACAUAGGGUGGCCACAUUUAAAAUACCCAAAUGCGAGACUACAGGAUGAUAUUGCGGGACAGUGUAGCCUACAUGAAUAAAAACAUUUGGCAGCCCCCCACUGGAAUUUAGACUGAACUGAAAGGAUUUUUUACAAAUGUGAUUGGUUGAUGAUAUGACAUUGCCUACGUCUCGUCUGGCGCUGCGCAAAAUAUCAGAUCUCAACAACGAUUGGAGAAGUGUUUAACAUCACCAGCAUUCUUAGACUACCACAUCCUAAUGAUAUAUCUUUUUUUCAUACGCGCAUAUUAGUGGUGCUUGAAUUUGUUGAUAAAAUGCGGGACAUGAUUGUUUUGUUGCAGGACACGGUACAAAGGGGGGAAAAUGUGGGACUGUCACACGAUCCGGGACAUGUGGUCAACAUACUGGUCACGGUAGCAUGGAUUCUGGUUUUGUUUCAUUAGAAUGUGCAAAAGUUCUCUUAUUGACACAAGUAUUUUUAACAGUAAAAUAGUAGCUGUAUUUGUGGUGACACUGUGAGCUUAGGAAAGAGAGUAAUGGUGCUAGAGGGCAAAUGUACAGUAGUAGUCACAGCCUUUAAGUCACGUUUCCUUUGAACUGCUGAAGCGUUGUCGGUUCAAGCGUUUUUGUUGCACAAAUGAGCAUUCGUUAUAUCCCAUGCCAUCUCUACCACCUGGUGAAACACAUACAGGUAUUUCAGAUACUUUCAAAUACUUGAGGUGUGCUUGAUUUAGCAUGUUUGCACUUUUGGGACUAGUCUCUUGGUUCCAUUUUAACAGGCAAACUAAAUCAAGCACACUUAAAGGUCCAAUGCAGCCGUUUUUAUCUCAAUAUCACAUACUUUUUGGAUUACAAUUAAGUACCUUACUGUGAUUGUUUUCAAUUCAAAUGGUUGAAAAUAAACAAAAAUAUCUUCUUGGCCUCCCGAGUGGCGCUGUGGUCUAAGGGUCUCCUACAACCGGGAGAACCCAUGGGGCAGCGCACAAUUGGUCCAGCAUCACGUUAGGGGGGGUUUGGCCGGCAGGGAUAUCCUUGUCCCAUCGCGCUCUAGCGACUCUUGUGGCGGGCUGGGCACAUGCACGCUAACACGGUCGGCAGGUGUAGUACGGUGUUUCCUCUGACACAUUGGUGUGGCUGGCUUCCGGGUUAAGCGGGCAUUGUGUCAAGAAGCAGUAAGGCUUGGUUGAGUUGUGUUUCGGAGGACGCACGGCUCUCGAACCUUCGCCUCUCCCGACUCCCUAUGGGAGUUGCAGUGAUGAGACAAGACUAACUAUCAAUUGGAUCCCACGAAAUUGGGCAAAAAAAGGGAUAAAAAAAAGUAGAAUAAUUGUUUCAAUCUCUUCUUAGCAAGGAGCAAUUUCUCUAGGACUGUGAGUUAGGAGGGGGAAAACUGAAAAUUAGCUGAUAUUGGCAGAGAAGUUUGGAACUCUUUCUUAUUGGGCGGCAGGUAGCCUAGUGGUUAGAGCGUUGGACUUGAAACCGAAAGGUUGCUGGGUCAAAUCCCUGAGCUGAUGAGGUAAAAAUCUGUUGUUCUGCCCCUGAACAAGGCAGUUAACCCACUGUUCCUAGGCCGUCAUUGAAAAUAAGAAUUUGUUCUUAACUGACUUGCCUGGUAAAAUAAAAAAAUAUAUUUUUUUGUCUAUUUACUAAUUUACAGCAUGGUGGUGUCAACAGUGAAGGGUAAAACUACAUCCACCAAAACAGGAUGACAUUUCAGGUGGUAUUUUCAAACAGCUCUGACACUAAAAUAACAUCAUGUUCACAGUAUAAAAUAUACUUAAAACAUAGGAAAAUCACAUUUUUGACUGCACUGGGUGUUUUAAGUAUCAAUGUAUUUUGUCUGAUCUCUGCACACUCUACAUACAGGUUUUUAAUGGUUAAAACACACUUUCAGUUCAUGUCCACUAUGGUGGUCUUCUGUUUUCAAUACCUCAAAGUGAAUAGUGUCAAUCUUUAGGAAUCCCUGCUACUCCUUAUUCAAUUUUGUUCUGAGGGCUGAAUGUGAUUGGUUGGAUGAAAGCGAAACUACCAUUGGUUGGACAUUACAACAGCCAAUGAGAGUGAAAAGAAAACUCAGUUGCUGUCAUAUUUGUAGGUGGUGGAUUGUGUAGCACUUGGGUUGCCAUGCUGAAGGUCCCUGGUUCAAAUCCCUGUGUGGUUUCAGUUUUCUAGCUCAACUAUCAGUGGGCGGGGCAUUCAAGGACCAGUGAGAGUGAAAUAAAGAUAAGGCCAAGUGGGACGUUUGAUUGGUUUUGACAAGAUGGGAUACCACUUUUGUCAGAUUUGACUUUUCUUAGCAGGUUAGGAGAAUUUACAUAGCAGGUUAGAAGCAUUAGGAUAAGGGUUAGAUAAAAUGCCCCCAAAAUUAACUGACUUAAUUAAACAAACGCUUAUAGCCAUGACCGAGGUGGAUGGACUUUUAACCAAGUUAACCAAUCACAGCCAGGACCAGUGACAGGUGAGAGUUAAAUCAAAUAAAUCCUGUUAGGGAGGUAGGAGGGCAUUAACCAUGGGUUGUGGGACAUAAGGUCCCUGGUUUGAACCUUUCUAAAGUUGACCUUUAACAUUUUAUUUUGACUGUUUAGACUAGUGAAAAGACCAAAACGUUAGGCUGGUGGGUGGUGUCCUGGGUGGCAGAGGGCAUAACACAAGGGUUGCCAUUCAGUGGUUUCUUCACUUGAUUCCCAGUAUGGCCUUUAACGUGACUUUUAUGAACUUGACCAAUCUCACUCUUUUCUGCCCUCAGAACAAGUUACUGUUUUUCUUUCAUUUCCAUGAAAUAAAUAAUUUUCUUUGUUGACCUGAUGACUUUGUUAAUAGUGUUAAUUGUUAAUAAAGAAGGGACAUGACAAAGUGA